UCCUUCCCCUCCUCCUGCCGCCGGGAGAGAGAGACAGACGGAGCCGCCGCGCUGCGGGGAGCAGGUUCCUGAAAAUUAGCACUAUGACUGAUGGAGACUAUGAUUAUCUGAUCAAACUCCUGGCCCUUGGAGACUCUGGGGUUGGAAAAACAACGUUCCUGUACAGAUACACUGACAACAAAUUUAAUCCAAAAUUCAUCACGACAGUCGGGAUAGACUUCCGGGAAAAGCGAGUGGUGUACAACAGCAGAGGACCAAAUGGAUCUCCAGGAAAAGCCUUCAAGGUACAUCUCCAGCUCUGGGACACGGCUGGACAGGAAAGGUUUCGAAGCCUCACCACGGCGUUUUUCAGGGAUGCUAUGGGCUUUCUGCUGAUGUUUGAUCUCACCAGCCAACAGAGCUUCUUUAAUGUCAGAAAUUGGAUGAGUCAGCUCCAAGCCAAUGCAUAUUGUGAGAAUCCAGAUAUAGUCCUAAUUGGGAACAAAGCUGAUUUAUCAGACCAAAGGGAGGUGAAUGAAAGGCAAGCAAAAGAUCUGGCAGACAAAUAUGGCAUACCCUACUUUGAAACCAGUGCAGCUACUGGGCAGAACGUGGAGAAGGCUGUGGACACUCUUCUGGACUUGAUAAUGAAGCGUAUGGAGCAGUGUGUGGACAAGACACAGGCCUCUGACACAGCCAACGGGGGCAGCUCGGGAAAGCUCGACUCGGCGCAGCCCGAGGAGAAGAAGUGUGCCUGCUGAAUGUCACCUCCACACUGUGCCAGCCUGGGGAAACCUGUCACCAGAACGACAGCUGACCUACCACCCAAUUCCAACCGGCUCUCCGGAGCCCUGCACAGAAGCAAAUUGCCAUUGUUUUCUUGGGAUUGUGCAUCUUGUCUCCAAAGAACUGGUUUCCGACGACGAGCCGCGGCUCCGUCGGGCUCUCGCGCUGAAAUGAUUCCUCCCGGUACCCUGCCAGCUUUGUGGAAAACUCUCCCACCUCCUCUUCCCCACUCCUUUGCCCCCUAGCCCUCAUCUUUAUUUUUCAUGUGAUCAGGAUGCUGAAUAGAGGAAAGGAGCUUUAUUUUUUUUUAAAAAAAGGAGGGAAAGAACCCGGUGUCUGCAUGCGCUGGAUAUUGACGUGAAGACGGAGGUGGGUGGUUUUCUAGCUCUGUGCCAUUUUCCCACAGAAUCCUGUUUCUUUCUGAUUCCUCUUCUGCAUCAGGGACUGUGUGUUUUCUAAGGUAGAUAUGAAAGAUUUUACGUGGCCUCUUUGGAAAAAAAACUGUUUCUCACGUGCACGGAGCAAGCAAUGCUGUGAAUCUGUCCUACCUGAAUCACUGGUGACUGGGGGAGUGUGUGGUUUGGGGGCAGGAAGCAGGGAAUGUGAUUGAAAAACCCCCCCCCCAAAAAAUCAUUAUCAGGGAAUUGUGCAGCGUUGCCAAUAAUCCAAGCAGGGAUAUGGGAAAAAGUAUGGAGAGGGAUUCUGAUGCUGCAGGGACAGUGGAUAAAGAAGAAAGUUCCAUGUAUGGGAAGAUUUCUUCAGGUUCUAGGGAAAUAGCAAGUUGCUUAUCACAAAGGAAAAAUGAAAGAAAAAUUCUAUAUUUCUAAGUGUAGAUCAUUUUCUAAACCAAGUUACAGCAUAUUUAUUGUCUACCCUGCCCUUCUUUAUAGAAUAACUGUUGUGGUUUUAUACAGGUGGUAGUUAAAGGUCUGUUUUUAUUGUGCUUCAAGCUACUUUGAAAUCACUUGGGAGGGUGCAGGUUUGGGGAACAGGUCUCUUUACAAGUCAAGCUUCAUGAGUUGGGUUGGCAGGACUGCAGACUUUAAUGUAUGUAGAUGUUUUCACCUUGGACUGAUUCAAGGCUACAGACUCUGGGACUAGCAAGGUUAGAAAAUGUUUCAAUGCUUCCCAGAAAUGGAGAGUUUACCAGAUUCACUGCUGAAAACAGUAACAGGUUUUCCUGCCCAGCUCCUAAACUGAUGUUUCCUGGCUGAUUUGGCACAUGGACAGGGCAGAUGGUGCAUCUGCAGGAGCAGAUCUUUUGGGUGAGUAGCCAGCUAGCUGCAGUUGCCAUGCCAGAGAUCUAACCUGUAGGCUGUGAAGGUUCUCUAAGUGAUGGGCUGUACCUAAAGGCUGGACAUAGUGAAUCCUGUGCAGCAGGUCCUUUUGUAGGCUACAAACAGCCCUG